UGAUGUCACUUCCUGCAUAUGACUUUCCCCGGUAAGACGAUUUGGCGCGGACUGUCCUGUUGUGUUGAUCUGCCGCCGCCGCGUUGAGCAGCUGUCAGUGAACAAACGUUAAAGACAAAAAGUCAUGGCUCCGGUAUCAAACCCAGACAAAGACAUGGACGCUCCGGACGGCGACGAUGGAGGUGAUGCCUGUGGUUUGGCAAAGUCUCGCUCCAGACGGGAGAAGAGGGAGAAGGUGGGAAGGAAGUCUGCACUGGAGCAGCUCAAGAAAGCCAAGAUGGGGGAGAAGAUCAAAUAUGAGGUGGAGGAGUUAACAAGUGUGUAUGAGGAGGUGGACGAACAGCAGUACUCGAAGAUGGUACGAGACAGACAAGAGGAUGACUGGAUUAUUGAUGAUGAUGGAACAGGAUAUGUGGAGGAUGGAAGAGAAAUCUUUGACGAUGAUUUGGAUGAUGAUGUAGUUGAAAACAACAAAGGAAAAGCAGGUGCUAAAGGAGCAGACUCAAAGAAAAAUGUGAAGAAAUCUGCUGUAGCCAAGCCCAACACCAUUAAGAGCCUCUUCAUGAACAGUAAUGUCAAAAGGCCUGCUGAGAAAGACGUUGACCUGUCCAAAGAUGACCUAUUAGGAGAUAUCUUACAGGACCUGCACUCUGAGAAACCGACUCUUCUGACUCCUCCACCAGUGGUCACUCUGAAGAAAAAGAAGUCUCUUGGAUCGUCCAUGAAUCCCUUUUCCAUCAAACCUCAGAUGCCAAAGGAGUCACCCUCAGCUACGGGGUUAAAGGCCAAAGUUAUCAGGCCGCCUCCUUCUGAGCCGACCCCCAGGUCAUCAGCUCGCCUCCCUCCCUCCACACCUGCUCUUCCUGAGCAGAAGCAGAGGGCAAAAGUGGAGGAGCUGGAUGAAGAGGAAGGGAAUGACGCUCUGGCAUUUGAUGGGGUGGACUUUGAUGAGCCGAUGGAGAUCGGGCUCGAGGAGGAGAAGCCUGCGAUUAAAGAUGAUGCUGAGCCUAAAGCAACAGCAGCACCAGUUAAAGUGGAGCCCAAAGCAGAGCCUCAGGACCCUGUCUUAGUGUCCAACAGAAUUGGAAGCUCUUGGGGACAAGAGGACGAAGGUGGAGCUAGCGAGGCUCAAGCAGAGAUACAGGUUGACUCCAGUCAACUCCCGCUGGUGGAGGGGGCAGACGGGGAGCAGGUUUUCCGCUUCUAUUGGUUGGAUGCCUUUGAAGACCCCUACAGCCAACCAGGUGUGGUGUACUUGUUUGGAAAAGUGUGGAUCGAGUCUGCACAGUCUCAUGUCAGCUGCUGUGUUACUGUCAAGAACAUUGAGAGGACCAUGUACUUCCUGCCUCGUGAAUAUAAAGUAAACAUCAAGACAGGGGAGGUGUCUGACACUCCUGUAGGAAUGAUGGACGUCUACCAGGAGUUUAAUGAUCUCUCUGAGAAGUUCAAGAUCAUGAAGUUCAAGUCCAAGAAAGUGGAGAGGAACUACGCUUUUGAAAUUCCUGAUGUUCCCAGUCAGUGCGAGUAUCUGGAAGUCAGAUAUUCUGCUGAAUUCCCUGCGCUGCCUUCGAACCUUAAGGGGGCGACCUUUUCCCACAUUUUUGGAACCAACACUUCCAGUCUGGAGCACUUCCUCCUCAGCAGGAAGAUUAAAGGCCCUUGCUGGCUGGACAUCAAGACACCACAGCUCAUCAGCCAGCCGGUCAGCUGGUGUAAGGUGGAGGCUCUAGCCCUGAGGAAUGACCUGGUCACUGUGGUCAAAGACCUGCCACCUCCACCCAUCACUGUCAUGUCCAUAAGCCUCAAGACUAUACAGAAUCCCAAGACACACCACAACGAGAUUGUGUCCCUGGCUGCACUGGUCCACUAUCAGUUCCAUAUGGAUAAAGCUGCCCCCCAACCCCCAUAUCAGACCCAUUUUUGUGUGGUCAGUAAACCGGCUGACUGUAUCUUCCCCUACGACUUCAAAGAUGCUGUGAGGAAGAAGAAUGGGAAAGUGGAGAUAGCUGCUACAGAGCGGACUCUGCUGGGCUUCUUCCUCGCCAAGAUGCACAAGAUUGACCCUGAUGUGCUCGUGGGUCACGACAUCUAUGGUUUUGACCUGGAAGUGAUUCUGCAGAGGAUCAAUGUGUGCAAGGUUCCCCACUGGUCUAAGAUUGGACGCCUCAGGAGGGCCAAUAUGCCUAAACUAGGGGGUCGUGGUUCCUUUGCAGAGAAGAGCGCAACCUGUGGCCGUCUGGUGUGCGAUGUGGAGAUCUCAGCCAAGGAGCUGAUUCGCUGUAAAAGUUACCAUCUGACUGAACUGGCUGCGCAGGUGCUGAAGAUGGAGAGAGCCACAGUCUCUCAGGAAAACAUCAAGAAUCUCUACAGUGACUCUCCUCACCUGCUCUACCUGCUGGAGCUGACAUGGACAGAUGCCAAGCUGAUCCUCCAGAUCAUGUGUGAGCUCAACGUGCUGCCACUGGCCGUGCAGAUCACCAACAUUGCUGGCAAUGUCUUGUCUCGUACUCUGAUGGGCGGUCGCUCUGAGAGGAAUGAGUUCCUGUUGCUUCAUGCCUUCCAUGAGAAAAACUACAUUGUCCCCGACAAACCGUCCUUCAAAAAGGCCCAGCUGGAAACGGUCGAGGGAGAAGACGAUAUGGAUGCAGGAAAAGGCAAGCGGAAGAAGAAGGCAGCCUAUGCUGGAGGUCUGGUGCUGGAUCCUAAAAUUGGUUUCUACGACAAGUUUGUGCUCCUGCUUGACUUCAACAGCCUGUAUCCCUCAAUCAUCCAGGAGUUCAACAUCUGCUUCACCACGGUGCAGAGGGAGGCUCACAACACACAGAAGAAGGAGGAGGAUGAGUCAGAGGAGAUUCCCGAGAUUCCAGAUUCAGACUUGGAGAUGGGAAUCCUGCCCAAAGAAAUCAGGAAGCUGGUCGAGCGGCGUAAACAGGUCAAACAGCUGAUGAGACAGCAAGAUGUCAACCCAGACCUCUACCUACAGUAUGACAUUCGUCAGAAGGCUCUGAAGCUGACUGCUAACAGUAUGUACGGCUGCCUGGGAUUCAGCUACAGCCGCUUCUAUGCCAAGCCACUUGCUGCCCUGGUCACACACAAGGGUAGAGAGAUUCUGAUGCACACCAAAGACAUGGUUCAGAAGAUGAGUCUGGAAGUCAUCUACGGAGAUACUGACUCCAUUAUGAUCAACACCAACAGCAGGUCUCUGGAGGAAGUCUUCAAACUUGGCAAUAAGGUGAAGGCAGAAGUAAACAAGCUCUACAAACUUCUGGAGAUCGACAUUGAUGGUGUGUUUAAGUCACUUUUACUGCUGAAGAAGAAGAAAUACGCUGCCUUGGUGGUGGAGCACCAUGGCGAAGGACGAUACAGCGUCAAGCAGGAGCUCAAAGGCUUGGACAUCGUCCGCAGAGAUUGGUGUGACCUGGCCAAGGAAUGUGGAAACUAUGUGAUCGGUCAAAUUUUGUCGGACCAGAAUCGCGAUGUCAUUGUGGAGAACAUCCAGAAACACCUGAUGGAGGUGGGAGAGAAGGUCGCAGAUGGAGCCAUACCACUCAACCAGUAUGAGAUACACAAGGCUCUGACUAAAGAUCCUCAGGACUAUCCAGAUAAGAAGAGCCUCCCUCACGUCCAUGUGGCUCUAUGGAUCAACUCCCAGGGGGGGCACCGGGUCAAAGCUGGAGAUACAGUGUCUUACAUCAUCUGCAAGGACGGCUCCACGCUGGCAGCCAGUCAAAGAGCAUAUGCUCUAGAGCAGCUCCAGAAGCAGGAGGGUCUCAGUCUGGACAAUCAUUACUACCUUGCCCAGCAGAUCCACCCUGUGGUGUCCCGCAUCUGUGACCCCAUCGAGGGCAUCGACAGCGUGCUCAUAGCCACGUGGCUGGGUCUGGACCCGAGUCAGUUCCGGGCUCAGCAGCAGUAUCAGAGGGAGGAGGAGGCUGAUGGCAUGCUGGGAGCUCCGGUCCAGCUGACUGACGAGGAGCGCUACAAAGACUGUGAGAGGUUCACCUUCACCUGCCCUCAAUGUGGCACUGACAACAUCUACGACAGCGUCUUUGAAGGAGCUGGAGUAAAGUUCGAGCCCAGCUUGAUGCGAUGCUGUCACAUCCCCUGUGGGAGCCGCCCCAUCGACUAUGCUGUCAACAUCAGCAACAAACUGCUACUUGACAUCCGUCGCCAUAUCAAAAAAUACUACUCUGGCUGGUUGGUGUGUGAGGACCAGGCCUGCCGGAACAGGACUAGACGUUUGCCCAUUGCCUUCUCCCGCCACGGGCCCAUCUGCCCUGCCUGUACCAAGGCGACUCUCAGACCAGAGUACUCCGAGAAGGCCCUGUACAACCAGCUCUGCUUCUACAGGUUCAUCUUUGACUGGGACUAUGCAGCAGCCAAAGUACUACAGGCUGAUGAGAGAGUCAGUGGGCUGGUAUUUAUCCAGCAGCCACUAAUGCAGCGGGCAGGAAGGACAAGACAGGAGAUAGGGAUGUGGAGAUGGCAAGGACAUGACAACCGGCCAUAUGGACUGUCGUGCAAAGUCAUGGGUCAGAGAAAAAGAUGUGUAUCGGAGGCUGAAGGAAGUCCCAGACAAAGCCUUGGCCACCAGUGGUUACUCGGAGAUUAACCUGGCCAAACUCUUCCAGGCCUUCUCCUCCCUCAAGUAAAACACACACAUCUGUAAAGACGACACCACCAAGAGGCUCCGACAUCUGAUUCAAAGCCGGAGAUUUGCACAUUCAACUACAUCUGUUUUCUCUGUUAUUGGUUUCCGAAUACAGCAGGAUUGAUGAUGUUAGGCUUUUACCUCCUAACCCUCAUAUCAUCUUCCCUGAACCUAAUGGGCUUGUAACAUCACUUAAAACCCAAUCACACCAUUUCCCUUCUCCAGUUUCUUCACAUAGACACGCACGCACACACGCACACACACACACACACUCACACACACUCACACACACUCACACACAUGACUUGACCCCAUCACCCUUACUCUGUAUGGAAAAGGGGAGUAGCAAUCAUACCUAAAUGACAGUCUAUUGUGUGUGUGUGUGUGUGUGUGUGUGU